AUGUCUAGUGAUAUCAUUACCCAAGUUACACCGGAAUCUGCCUAUGCUGGAGUUGUAGGUAACUCCUCGGUCGAAGGAAGCAUUGAUUAUAACACCAAGAUCCAUUUACGUCUUCGGACGCAAGACUUUACGAUCACCAGAGAUGAGUUGAUGAGCUUGCCUGAAAGCAUCUUGUUAGGGUUGUUCCCUAAUGGAGUCUUUUUAGAUACAGAGGGAAGAAUAAUCUCCAAUUUAAGCGAAGAGGAUAUUGUAUACGUUGCCUUUGAUCCUGAAUGUUUCCAGUACAUUCUUGCAUCUUUCCGAAGUGCUCAUGGAGAUCUUUUAGAUAUGGCUACCAUCUCACCCGUGACGUCACUGUCUGGGUUUUUAAGUCGUAGUCAACUGGAGAAUGUGUUACAGAAUAAACCAGCUAUCAUAGUGUUACGUGAAGACUUGGAUUUCUAUGUUAUUCCUCCUGUUAGUGGGAUAUCUCCUGAUCAAAUGCGCUAUUUAAAGGUUGAGACCUCCCAAAACCUUUUACAAAAUAAGUUUGUUUUUAGUGGUCUUGGCUACGAUGUUGAAGCUGCUCCUGAUUCAGAUCAAAAGUUGGGUCCUGCUGAACAACACUUGUUUGAGAUGUUGUGUUCUUCUGGGUUUUCUCCAUUAGAGAUCUGGGGGAAUAAAUCAAUAGAACCAAGCAAAUGUGUCAUUCUGUCACUUCUGUUGGUAAGAUUAGGUUCAAAUACAAAUAAUAAUGAGGCUACUCCACCUGAUUCACCAGGGUUAAACCCCGUGGCAUCAACAUCUUCACUUCAAUCUAGAAAAUCCCGUUCUAGAAUAGCCACGCUUGCUUCCAAUGCGUCAAGAGCUGCGUCAAGGUCUCUUUCAAAGUCUAAAAAGAAGGUUGAUCCUAACCAAACCAAAUUAUUAUUGUUCUGGAGGAAACCGGCUCGUAAAUGUUGGUGGUCUCAUCAAAAAACUACUAUUGAACUUGAUAAGAAUGUUUUCCCUGAUGCCAAAGAGAAAACCAUGGAGAUUAAAGUCCAUACAAGAAGAGUAUGGACCUUGGAGCUUUCUGUUAUUGGUGUUCAAUAA